CCUCGAUUUCACCUCGACUGUGUGUGCUUUUGUGUGCCAGAGCAACGAUGGAUGCCGGCAAAUCGUCGCCGUUGUCAAUGUUCAAGUCAAAGAAGCAGCUCCAUUUACCUGCGUCGUCGGAUCAGGAGCCUCGGAAGGUUGCUGAGCCCGCCCAGAAUCCAUGGAGCGUGAAAACCCCCGGGAAGCCAGUGGACGCCCCUCGGCGGCUGCGACACCGUGGCGCGGUGAUGUCGAUAAAGGAAGUCAGAGAGGCGGCGAUGAAGCUCCGGGAAGGGGGAUCCAACACUCCUGCUAGAACGGACCCGCUAUUGGGAUCCGAGAAAGAGGACAUCGUCAAAUCGAAGAAGAAGUCUGUUGAUGCUGAGAUACAGCUUCCGGAAAAGUAUGAGUUGUUGGAUAAAUUCUUUAACAGCUUGGAUAGCUCAAUCAGGCUGCUCCAAUUAAAAAGAUCUGCAACAACGUUUACUAAUAUUAGCUCCCAAAUAGAAAGUUUAACUGAUAGGAGGUUUACUUAUGGUCAUUUAGCACAAUUGAAGUUCAUCCUGCCUGAGGCCAUUUUGGUGGAGAAAGUCCUUCGGCAUGAUGAGCGCACUAGCUGCAUGAAACCUGACCUGCGCAUCACAUUGAAUGUCGAAGCAAUUGAGAGUAAAAGCAAGUCCAAAUCUCACAGUCGAAAUUUGCACUUGAGAAAAAUCUUCCGUGGUCGGCUUCUUGAUUUCUUCACAUCCCAUCCAGAGGGUGAUGAAGUCCCAGAGGAGGACCUACCAGAACCAUUUACUCGAUUGAAGGCAUCUGCAAGCAUAAGUUCAGUUCAACCUUCAGCUUCAUCUUUGAUGAGUGAGACCACAGAUGGGGCAGUUUUAGAAGGACGAACUGUCACAGCAUCCCAUCUGUCUGCUUCAUUUAAAAGAUCCUUCUCGCAGCGGGGUUCUGGCCAUCUUACAGCAAACAUAAAGGAAGACCAAGUAGUUGUUUCUAACCAUGCUUCAGUUGAUGUGGAACAUGAAUUUCCUGGAAAAGAAACUAGUUCAGUUGCUGCUAAAUCUCAUUCUAAAUCAUCCGUAAAGCCUUCAGGCAAGGAAAAGUGCUCUUUUGAAACCCCAGUGAAAUGUAAAGAUAGUAUCAAGGAUGAAGAUCAAUUAUCUGUUGAAAUGACACCUUUACUGAGAACUCCAGUGGAUCUUUUAUCUACUCCCGCAAAAUUGAUGAGUGCAACACCCAUGCUUCAUCCACCUAAGAGAUGUUAUAUGAGCCCAGAUGGUAAUUCAUCUAGAUCACCGAGCAAACUGGUCAGGCGUCCACCCCCUAAUAGGCCUUUGAAGUUCGACACUCCUGUGAAGAGUGUCAAGGUUGAUGGUGAAUUUGGUAGGAGCAGCAAAUCAUCAGCUGAUGAUGACAUCCUCCCGGAGGCUCUUCUACAAUCGAUACGAGAAAAAGAGCGUCUAGCAUCAAUGGAGAAGGAUCCAGCAAUCUCGCAAGCAAAAAGGCGGCAACAAAUGAUUGCUAGUCUGCCCAAGCUCUUUGACAUGAUCUAUUUCUUGUAUCAAUCAAUCAGGCGUUCCAUUAUCACUAAAGAGGAGCUGAUACAGAAAAUAAUAACUGGCCAUUUAGAUAUUGUUGACAGAAGGGAGGUUGAAGAGCAACUUAGAUUGCUGCAAGAACUGGCUCCAGAAUGGAUUUAUGAGAAGUUAGGAUCAAGCGGAGAUAUCCUCUUAUGUGUUAACAAGAUCUCAAGUCCUGAAGUGAUACGAACAAAGUUGUCCGAGGCCAAGUGAGAGAAGCAAGAAAGGAUCAGAUUAAAUUUCAAGCCCCGUUUUGUAGAUAUUUGAUUUCCUUCAUCAACCGAGAUAUAAUCCAUUCACAUCCAUGGGUUCUGCCAUUGUUGAAAUGGCCACUUAGUUCCUUUCUGCACGUUCUGUCUUUCUAACUUGUCGAGAUUAUUACCUGUUCAUCAGGAGGGCUCCUUGUAUGUAAUUAAAUUAAAUUCUAUGCUCAAAUUACUAUUGAGAGUGUUAUACAUGACUAACUUCUCCAGUUGGCUGGUUGGAAAAUAAAUUCUAAAUUUGCCAGUGAA